CUACAACACGCACGAAACAGGCGAUUUGUGGAGAAAACUGCGCUAAGGCCCCUAAGAAAACUUGUUAGAGACAUGCGGAGUAUAGAAUUCGAUGCAUCUUUAUGUUUUUUUUCUAACGGUGAAAACCGCAGGUCUGUAUCUCGUUUCAAUCAAAAGUUAUCCUAAAAACUAGUUACUCUUCAUACAUUUUAAGAUUUCGAUCAAUUUUUACAGAAAAAAAAUGUCACGUCUUUUUCUAAUACACUCUUUAUACUUCAAACUGUACUUGUUGUUCAAUGUAAAUAUACCAUUAGAUGCAGCGCGUUCUGGGCUUUCUUUCUAUAUAUAGAAAGUUAAUAAAUUAAAAAGGUCUAAUGAUAAAAACUAAAAAAUACAAAGCGGGGAAAAACUUUUGACGUGCACUGUAUUAUUUUAUUCUUUUAAUUUAGAAUCGUUCAUCAUUUUUAAUUAAUACAUUAUGUGAUAUAACAAAUGAAGAAAAACUUGAUAAACUUUAGCUUAAAAUGCAAAUUAUUAUUAAUUCUAUAUUUGAUAGUUCAUUAGAUAAUCGAAGUGAUAAUCGAAUAGCAAAAAGUAUUCGACAAUUGGAAUUCCUGAAAUACUUGCAAAAAAAAUUAGCUUAUCCAGAAUUAAUUACAUUACAUAAUGUUCAUGAAUUACAACAAUUAAUUUUUAAUGGACCAUAUAUGCAUACUGAAUCAUAUUUUAUUGAACUUGAAAAUGGUACAAUUCGUCGUUUAUUAUCAAAUAAUUUAUCUUAA